AUGACAUUCUGGAACGUCCUUCCCUUCUUGUUUGCUGUUCGUGAGAUCAACGAGAAGCCAACCCUUUUACCCAAUAUCACUCUGGGCUACAACAUCUACGAGAAUCAUUUCAGUGCAAGGAUGACUUCUGAGGCUUUGGUGGACCUGCUGUCUGUGGGGCAGCAGCAUGUUCCAAACUACCUCUGUGGGAAGCAGACUGGCUUGUCGGUGGUUCUGGAAGGGGCUGACUCAGAAAUGUCCACCCAGAUUUCAACAAUAUUGGACAUCUACAAGAUCCCACAGGUCAGUUAUCGUUUCAUCAGUCAAAUGCCAGAGAAGAAACACCAAUACCCUUUUUUCUAUCGAGCAGUCCCAAAUCAGGAGCCUCCUUACCUGGGGAUUGUCAAACUGCUCCUGCACUUCAGGUGCAUUGAGAAAGAGAAGAGGGAGAAUCUGCCCCAGGAUGUGAUCGAGAGGAUCCUGUCUCAGGACAGCUACAGCAUUUACACUGCCAUCCAGGUUGUGACACAAUCUUUGCAUGCAGCACACCUUUCCCAGUCAAAUUGGCGGAAGACAAUGGGUGGGCAUAGCCUGGCAGCUCAAAGGAUCCAGCCAUGGCAGCUUCAUCCUUUUCUUAAAAAUGUCCAGUAUUACAAUAUUGCCAUGAAUGGAGUUUAUUUGGAUGAGAAUGGGGAGCUGGCAGCUGACUUCCAUAUCGUGAACUGGUUAAUGUUUCCCAACAAGUCGACCGCUGGAGUAGAAGUUGGGCGUAUAGAGAGACGGGACUCCCCUGAGAUCAAGGUGACCGUUGAUGAAAAUGCCAUUGGAUGGUCCAGUUGGUUUAACCAGAUGCACCAAAAGUUGCCAUCCAGGACAUGUCAAGCUGGUGAAGGAGGGAGAGCCCGCCUGCUGCUAUGGCUGUGCCCCGUGUGCAGGAGGAACCAUCUCCACUCAGGAAGGUGGUCCUCCAAUGCAGAGGACUGCAACAAAUGUCCAGAUGAUCAAUUUUCGAAUGAGGACCGAGAUCAAUGUGUUGACAAAAUUAUCAGCUUCCUCUCUUAUGAAGAACCUUUGGGGAUCUCCCUUACUUUCUUGGCCCUGCUCUCAUCCCUAAGUACACUCUUGGUGUUAGGAAUAUUCGUGAAACACCGAGAAACGCCCAUCGUCAAAGCCAACAACCGGGACCUCACUUAUGUCCUCCUCGGCUCCCUCCUCUUUUGCUUCUUGUCCCCCUUUCUAUUCAUUGGCCAGCCCCAGAGAGUGACCUGCCUUCUCCGACAAACUGCCUUCAGUGUCAUCUUCUCAGUUGCUGUCUCUUCCCUGUUGGCAAAAACCGUCAUGGUAGUGGUAGCCUUUAUGGCCACUAAGCCAGGGAACACGAUGAGGAAAUGGCUGGGGAAGAUUUGGGCCAACUCCAUUGUCCUUUCUUGUUCUGGUAUUCAACUGGGCAUCUGCAUUGUUUGGCUGGGCGUCUCUCCUUCAUUCCCAGACUCUGACCUGCAUUCCCAACCUGGGCUGAUCAUACUGCAGUGCAACGAGGGCUCUGUUGUGAUGUUUUAUAGUGCCCUUGGCUAUAUGGGCUUUCUGGCUGCCACCUGUUUCACCCUGGCGUUCCUAGCCAGGAAGCUGCCUGGGGCCUUCAAUGAAGCCAAGCUGAUCACCUUCAGCAUGUUGGUCUUCUGCAGCGUUUGGGUGUCCUUUGUGCCCACCUACCUGAGCACCAAAGGGAAGUACAUGGUGGCCGUGCAGGUCUUCUCCAUCCUAUCCUCCAGUCUGGGGUUGCUGGGCUGCAUCUUUGUCCCCAAAUGCUACAUUAUUGUGUUUAGACCUGACCUGAAUGCCAAGGAGCAUUUGAUGUUAAAAAUCCAGGAUGAUAACUGA